AUAAGACUGUUUAAACCUUCAAGUUUCUCCUCAAAGCCUCUCAAAUUCUCCCACCACUAAUGGCAUCCGAAGAAAUCCUCACCCUUUUCGACCAAUUCUGGUUUCAGCACGUAGUUUUCGCCGGAAAACCGCUUUUACGGACCCAACGUGCAACAAAACCCUCCAAUGCGCCGGAAAACAGCUCUGAGAGUCCAAUAAUGCAAGUGAUUCAGGGGAGAUCUCAGAGCGAGUAUCUUCUGGGCUCGGACUUCCCAGCUCCCGAAACCGCUUAUUACUCCACCGGCUCGAUUCCGACCAAUAGAAAACUGCAAACCAUUCUUUCCGGCGAAGUAACAGAAUUUUCCGGCGAAAGAGGGGGGAAGCCGGCGAAGAAGAAAUUGGGAGGGAAUGAAGAGAAAUUAAGGAAGAGAAGAGGAAGGGGGUUGAGUAAGAGCUUGUCGGACCUUGAAUUUGAGGAAUUGAAGGGGUUUAUGGAUUUGGGAUUUGUGUUCUCCGAGGAAGAUAAGAAUUCAAGCUUGGCUUCCAUAAUUCCUGGGCUGCAGAGAUUGGGGAGAAAAACAGGGGAAAAUGAAGAGGAAAAAGAGGAAAAAAGAGAGGAAAAAGGGAAUGAAAUUGGGGUUUCGAGGCCAUAUUUGUCUGAAGCAUGGGAGGCUGAUGAUGAAGAAAAUGAAAAGAGAAUUCUGAUGAAAUGGAGAGUUCCAGAUUUGGGUGCUGCCACUGAAAUGGACAUGAAAGAUCAUCUCAAGUUUUGGGCUCAUACAGUUGCUUCAACUGUGAGAUAACACACCAUCUUUGUAAACUUACCAUAACCUUUUUUUUUUUUACUUCUCAUUUUAGAGUGCAAUUUUGUGGGUUUUGAUUGUUGUUUUUGAAAAUUUGGCUGUUGUCAUGUUAUGUGGAAUGGAUAGAUAAAUAGACAGAUGAAGAACUUCCUUUCCAAAAAAUUAUUGGAUGUUCACUUGUUCUAUAGUGUGUUCUUAGCGGCAGGAAAUAAGUGUAAAUUUGCUUAAAGUGUUAAUAUUUAUGAAAAUUCCUCUCUUUCAGCCAA